AUGUUCAAGCAGGCUGGCAACCCCUCCCACAAUGGCCGUGUGUGCAGCACAUGGGGGAACUUCCACUUCAAGACCUUUGACGGGGACAUCUUUUACUUCCCUGGGGUCUGCAAUUACAUCUUUGCAUCCAAUUGUAAAUCUCCCUAUGAGGACUUCAACAUCCAGAUCAGGCGUACAAUGGUGGGAAAUGCUACUGUGAUCACUCACGUCAUCAUGAAGCUGGAAGGAGCAGUGAUUGAACUGACCCGCAACUCUGUCCUGCUUGAUGGCAAACUGGUUCAGGUGCCCUACAGCCAUAUGGGAGUCUUCAUAGAGAGAAGUAACAGCUAUUUGAAAGUUUCUGCCAAGUUAGGUCUGACCUUCCUUUGGAAUGAAGAGGAUGCCCUCCUGGUGGAACUAGAUAAGAAAUAUGCCAAUCAAACUUGCGGGCUUUGUGGGGACUUCAAUGGAAUACCAAUUAGCAAUGAAUUUUUUUCUGAGAACACAAAACUGACUCCUAUACAGUUUGGGAAUAAGCAAAAGAUGGAUGGACCCACAGAGCAGUGUGCUGAUCCUAUUCCUCCUAUUGUUCUGGCGAACUGCUCAUCUGAAUUUGCUUCUAUCUGUGAGACAGUAUUAACCAGUAAAGCAUUUACAAGCUGUAAUGCACUUGUAAAUGUUCAGGACUACAUUGAAACUUGCAUACAAGACCUAUGCCACUGUGAUAGCUCCAUGGCUGACUUCUGCAUGUGCAACACCUUUGCUGAAUACUCCCGGCAGUGCGCUCAUGCAGGUGGACAGCCUCUGAACUGGAGAACCCCAGAACUGUGUCCCAAAUUGUGUCCUUUCAACAUGCACUACCAGGAGUGUGGCUCCCCCUGCUCUGACACAUGCAGCAACCCGGAACGAUCUGAACUUUGUGAAGAUCACUGUACAGAUGGCUGCGUCUGUCCUCCAGGAAUGGUAUUUGAUGACAUUAAUGGUGCUGGCUGCAUUCCCCGUAACGAAUGCCAUUGUACCUAUGAAGGUGAAACUUAUGCUCCUGGUGCUUCCUUCUCAUCUAAAUGCAGAUCAUGUACCUGUGUUGGAGGUGAAUGGUCUUGUAUCACCCAGUCAUGCCCUGGGACUUGCAGUAUUGAAGGAGGCUCCCACAUUUCAACAUUUGAUGAGAAAUACUAUUCCUUCUUCGGAGACUGUAGCUAUGUCCUAACCAAGCUCUGUGACGGCAAUGAAUUCACUGUUUUGGGAGAUAUCCAUAAGUGUGGCCUGACUGACACUGAGACAUGCCUCAAGGGUAUAGCUGUCAGCCUAAGUGGAGGACAAACUAAUAUUGUGAUCCAGCCUUCCGGCAGUGUAUUUGUGAAUAUGAUCUACACACAGCUGCCAUUCUCUGCAGCGAAUGUCACCAUCUUCAGACCAUCAUCAUUCUUCAUCAUUCUGCAAACAACCUUUGGUCUUCAACUACAGAUUCAGCUCGUGCCUCUCAUGCAAGUUUUUAUAGACUUAGACCCAUCACAUAAAGGCCAGACCUGUGGUCUUUGUGGAAACUUCAAUGACGUGCAGACAGAUGAUUUCAAAACCACAAGUGGUGUAAUAGAGGGUACUUCAGCUGCCUUUGGUAAUACUUGGAAAACUCGGGCUGACUGUCCUGAUGCCAAAAAUACCUUCGAGGACCCCUGUACUGUCAGCAUACAAAAUGACCAGUAUGCUCAGCACUGGUGUGGACUGCUCUCUGAUACCAUGGGACCUUUUGCUGAAUGUCACUCAACAGUGAAUCCAGAGGUUUAUGAGAAGAACUGCAUGUUUGACACGUGUAACUGUGAGAAGAGUGAGGACUGCAUGUGUGCUGCCCUCUCCAGCUAUGUCAGGGCCUGUGCCGCUAAAGGAAUUCUCCUCACUGGAUGGAGGAGCAAAGCCUGCACAAAAUACACCACCUUGUGUCCGAAAUCCUUGAAGUACACUUACAAUGUCGAAUCCUGUCAACCCACCUGCCGGUCUCUGAGUGAGCCUGAUGUCACCUGCAGCAUCACGUUUGUCCCAGUUGAUGGCUGCACCUGCAUAAAUGGAACCUACAUGGAUGAGAGUGGCAAAUGUGUGCCCGCUACUAGCUGUCCUUGUUACUACAAGGGAAUGCCCCUGUCUUCUGGAGAAGUUAUUCAUGAUAACGGUGUUGUCUGCACUUGUACCUAUGGAAAGUUGAGCUGCAUUGGAGAGAAACCUGAACCAGUCUGCAUACUUCCCAUGGUCUAUAUUGACUGUGGCAAUGUCACUACAGACGUGGUAGGAGCAGGAUGCCAGAAGAGCUGUCAGACUCUAGAUAUGGAAUGUUACAAAACCCACUGUGUCUCUGGCUGUGUAUGUCCUCAUAAUCAAGUGUUGGAUGGUAAAGGUGGCUGUAUAGCUCCAGAAGACUGUCCAUGUAUUCACAACGGGAAUUUCUACAGACCAGGGGAAUCAAUCCGAGUUGGCUGUAACAACUGCACAUGUAGAAACAGAAAAUGGCACUGCUCUGAGGAGCCUUGCCUGGAAACCUGUUCUGUUUAUGGCGAUGGGCAUUACACAACCUUUGAUGGCAAACGCUUUGAUUUUGAAGGAGACUGUGAAUAUGUUCUGGUCCAGAACUACUGUGGUCAACAAAGUAUGAAUCAGGGAACCUUCAGAGUCAUCACAGAGAACAUUCCAUGUGGCACUACAGGAACCACCUGCUCUAAGUCUAUUAAAGUUUUCCUAGGAAACUAUGAGCUGGUACUGAGUGAUGGACACUCUGAUGUCAUCCAGAGGACACCUGGAGGAAAAAUGCCAUUCCAAAUCCGUUCCAUGGGCAUCUACCUGGUGGUUGACACUACUGUUGGCCUGAUACUCAUGUGGGACAAGAAAACCAGUAUAUUCAUUAAACUUAGUCCCAGCUUUCAGGGACAUGUUUGUGGACUUUGUGGAAACUAUGAUGGCAAUGGAAAUAAUGACUUCACUACUCGCAGUCAGUCUGUGGUCGGAAAUGUGCUAGAGUUUGCCAAUAGCUGGAAAGUGUCUUCUAGUUGCCCAAAUGCCAAUCGUACCAAGGAUCCAUGCACUGCAAACCCAUACAGGAAAGCCUGGGCACAGAAACAAUGUAGCAUCAUUACCAGUGACGUGUUUGCAAAGUGUCACUCCCAGGUUGAACCAAAUGAAUAUUAUCAAGCAUGCGUGGAUGAUGCUUGUGCCUGUGACACUGGAGGAGACUGUGAAUGUUUCUGUACAGCAGUAGCUGCCUAUGCUCAAGCGUGCAAUGAGCUGGACAUCUGCAUUUCAUGGAGAACCCCAGCCAUUUGUCCUCUGUUCUGCGAUUACUACAACCCACAAGGGGAAUGUGAGUGGCACUACAAGCCAUGUGGAGCCCCUUGUAUGAAGACCUGCAAUAAUCCAAGUGGGAAAUGCCUUCAUGAGUUGAGAGGUUUAGAAGGCUGCUAUCCACAAUGUCCAAAGAAUAAGCCCUAUUUUGAUGAAGAAACCAUGACUUGUGUUUCUAAUUGUGGUUGUUAUGAAAAUGGAAAAAAUUACAAACCAGGAAUGCAGAUGCCUUCAAAUCAGAAUUGUCAAUCAUGUGAAUGCACAAUUCAUGGCAAAAAAUGCAAAUAUGAUGAAUAUGAAUGUGUCUGCAUUUAUGAGGGAAAGAAAUACAACUAUAAGGAUGUGAUCUACAAUACUACAGAUGGCACAGGAGGGUGUAUUGUUGCAACCUGUGGUCCCAAUGGAACAAUUCAGAGGGUUGUCUAUGAAUGCCCAACCUCAACAUCACCCACAACAACAACAACAACGUUUCACUUCAGCACUACACCACCUGCCACUGCUUCCACAGUGUCACCAACUACAUCAGUAUGUGUUCAUGAAGUCUGUGAGUGGUCAGAAUGGUAUGACGGGAGUCUGCAAACCCCUGGUUAUGAUGGUGGAGAUUUUGAAACCUUUGAUGAUUUGAGAGCUAAAGGAUAUGAAGUCUGUAAAGAUCCACGGGCUGUUCAGUGCAGAGCAGAGAAAUUCCCUAACAUACCACUGAAAGAACUUGGCCAAAUAGUAGAAUGUAGUACAACAGCUGGGCUUAUAUGUUACAACAGAGAUCAAAUUUCAACAAUGUGCUACAAUUAUGAAAUCAGAAUCUUAUGCUGUGUUUUUGUACCAUGCUCUUCCACAACACAGUCCAGCACAUCAACACCAAUCACAACUGCAGCUAAGAGCACAGAAACAUCAAGUCCAACUGUAGAAAUUACAUCAUUUUCAACCAUUCCAACAUCACCAGUUACUACAACUUCUGAAAGUACAACAUACACAACUUCAUCUACUAAAGAAACAACCACAACCACAAAUGAAGUGUCAACACCUGUAACCACUUCUCCAUCAACAACUGCUCUUUGCAUUGAAGAAGAAUGUUACUGGUCAAUGUGGUAUGAUGUCAGUUAUCCAGGGUCUGGAUAUGAUGAUGGAGAUUUUGAUACAGUUCAGAACAUUAGAAAAAAGGGAUACAAAGUCUGUGAAAACAGAAAAGAAGUUGAAUGCAGAGCAGUAAGGUUCCCUGAUGUGCCAUAUCCCCUCCUGGAGCAAGAAAUAAUAUGUAACACAGAAGAAGGGUUGAUAUGCUACAAUAAAGACCAAUUACCACCUAUCUGCUACAACUAUGAAAUAAGAUUUAAAUGUUGUACAAAUAUAACAGUACCGUGCCAGCCGAGUACAGCACCACAUACUACAACAAAAAAAGCAGAAACAACCACGACUUUUUCAACGCAAAGUACAACAUCCACAGAAGAAUCGACAACACCAGAACUACAAACGAAACAUAAAACAACUACAAUACCAGCACCUCCACCAGAAACAGAACAUAUUCACAAAGGAACAACAUCAGAACCAACGACACAAACACAGAUUAAAACAGAGACAACAACAGCCUCAAUCCCUACAACACUGACGACCAAAACACAACAGCCCACUAGCACAUUCACCACUACCCAGUCCACCACCGCCUGUGAGCCCGAAGUCUGCUCCUGGAGCGAGUGGUUUGACGUCGACUUCCCCGCCUCCGGGCCCGACCAGGGAGACUUCGAAACCUACCAGCACAUCCGGGCCGCCGGCAAGGAAGUCUGCCAGCAGCCAAAGGAAAUCGAGUGCCGGGCGGAGGACUUCCCCGACGUUUCCAUCCAACAGGUCGGACAGGUCGUGCAGUGCGACGUCCACUUCGGACUCGUCUGCAGGAACCAGGACCAGAGCGGCAAAUUCAAGAUGUGCCUCAACUACAAGAUCCGCGUCCUCUGCUGCGUCCCCAACGAGAACUGCCCGACCGCCAGCCCCCUGCCCACCACCACCAGCCCCACCACCGUCACCACGCGCAGAACGCCGACCUCCACCACCGUCACCACCGUCACCACCUCCACCUCCACCACCCGGCCCACCACCACGCUGCCCACCUCCUCGGAAACCACCCUCCAAACCUCCACCAGCACCACCAGCCCCACGCCGACAGCUCCCGUCUACUCUCCCAGCAUGAGCUCCACCACCACCCAGUCCACCACCGCCUGUGAGCCCGAAGUCUGCUCCUGGAGCGAGUGGUUCGACGUCGACUUCCCCGCCUCCGGGCCCGACCAGGGAGACUUCGAAACCUACCAGCACAUCCGGGCCGCCGGCAAGGAAGUCUGCCAGCAGCCAAAGGAAAUCGAGUGCCGGGCGGAGGACUUCCCCGACGUUUCCAUCCAACAGGUCGGACAGGUCGUGCAGUGCGACGUCCACUUCGGACUCGUCUGCAGGAACCAGGACCAGAGCGGCAAAUUCAAGAUGUGCCUCAACUACAAGAUCCGCGUCCUCUGCUGCGUCCCCAACGAGAACUGCCCGACCGCCAGCCCCCUGCCCACCACCACCAGCCCCACCACCGUCACCACGCGCAGAACGCCGACCUCCACCACCGUCACCACCGUCACCACCUCCACCUCCACCACCCGGCCCACCACCACGCUGCCCACCUCCUCGGAAACCACCCUCCAAACCUCCACCAGCACCACCAGCCCCACGCCGACAGCUCCCGUCUACUCUCCCAGCGUGAGCUCCACCACCACCCAGUCCACCACCGCCUGUGAGCCCGAAGUCUGCUCCUGGAGCGAGUGGUUCGACGUCGACUUCCCCGCCUCCGGGCCCGACCAGGGAGACUUCGAAACCUACCAGCACAUCCGGGCCGCCGGCAAGGAAGUCUGCCAGCAGCCAAAGGAAAUCGAGUGCCGGGCGGAGGACUUCCCCGACGUUUCCAUCCAACAGGUCGGACAGGUCGUGCAGUGCGACGUCCACUUCGGACUCGUCUGCAGGAACCAGGACCAGAGCGGCAAAUUCAAGAUGUGCCUCAACUACAAGAUCCGCGUCCUCUGCUGCGUUCCCAACGAGAACUGCCCGACCGCCAGCCCCCUGCCCACCACCACCAGCCCCACCACCGUCACCACGCGCAGAACGCCGACCUCCACCACCGUCACCACCGUCACCACCUCCACCUCCACCACCCGGCCCACCACCACGCUGCCCACCUCCUCGGAAACCACCCUCCAAACCUCCACCAGCACCACCAGCCCCACGCCGACAGCUCCCGUCUACUCUCCCAGCGUGAGCUCCACCACCACCCAGUCCACCACCGCCUGUGAGCCCGAAGUCUGCUCCUGGAGCGAGUGGUUCGACGUCGACUUCCCCGCCUCCGGGCCCGACCAGGGAGACUUCGAAACCUACCAGCACAUCCGGGCCGCCGGCAAGGAAGUCUGCCAGCAGCCAAAGGAAAUCGAGUGCCGGGCGGAGGACUUCCCCGACGUUUCCAUCCAACAGGUCGGACAGGUCGUGCAGUGCGACGUCCACUUCGGACUCGUCUGCAGGAACCAGGACCAGAGCGGCAAAUUCAAGAUGUGCCUCAACUACAAGAUCCGCGUCCUCUGCUGCGUCCCCAACGAGAACUGCCCGACCGCCAGCCCCCUGCCCACCACCACCAGCCCCACCACCGUCACCACGCGCAGAACGCCGACCUCCACCACCGUCACCACCGUCACCACCUCCACCUCCACCACCCGGCCCACCACCACGCUGCCCACCUCCUCGGAAACCACCCUCCAAACCUCCACCAGCACCACCAGCCCCACGCCGACAGCUCCCGUCUACUCUCCCAGCGUGAGCUCCACCACCACCCAGUCCACCACCGCCUGUGAGCCCGAAGUCUGCUCCUGGAGCGAGUGGUUCGACGUCGACUUCCCCGCCUCCGGGCCCGACCAGGGAGACUUCGAAACCUACCAGCACAUCCGGGCCGCCGGCAAGGAAGUCUGCCAGCAGCCAAAGGAAAUCGAGUGCCGGGCGGAGGACUUCCCCGACGUUUCCAUCCAACAGGUCGGACAGGUCGUGCAGUGCGACGUCCACUUCGGACUCGUCUGCAGGAACCAGGACCAGAGCGGCAAAUUCAAGAUGUGCCUCAACUACAAGAUCCGCGUCCUCUGCUGCGUCCCCAACGAGGACUGCCCGACCGCCAGCCCCCUGCCCACCACCACCAGCCCCACCACCGUCACCACGCGCAGAACGCCGACCUCCACCACCGUCACCACCGUCACCACCUCCACCUCCACCACCCGGCCCACCACCACGCUGCCCACCUCCUCGGAAACCACCCUCCAAACCUCCACCAGCACCACCAGCCCCACGCCGACAGCUCCCGUCUACUCUCCCAGCGUGAGCUCCACCACCACCCAGUCCACCACCGCCUGUGAGCCCGAAGUCUGCUCCUGGAGCGAGUGGUUCGACGUCGACUUCCCCGCCUCCGGGCCCGACCAGGGAGACUUCGAAACCUACCAGCACAUCCGGGCCGCCGGCAAGGAAGUCUGCCAGCAGCCAAAGGAAAUCGAGUGCCGGGCGGAGGACUUCCCCGACGUUUCCAUCCAACAGGUCGGACAGGUCGUGCAGUGCGACGUCCACUUCGGACUCGUCUGCAGGAACCAGGACCAGAGCGGCAAAUUCAAGAUGUGCCUCAACUACAAGAUCCGCGUCCUCUGCUGCGUCCCCAACGAGGACUGCCCGACCGCCAGCCCCCUGCCCACCACCACCAGCCCCACCACCGUCACCACGCGCAGAACGCCGACCUCCACCACCGUCACCACCGUCACCACCUCCACCUCCACCACCCGCGUGAGCUCCACCACCACCCAGUCCACCACCGCCUGUGAGCCCGAAGUCUGCUCCUGGAGCGAGUGGUUCGACGUCGACUUCCCCGCCUCCGGGCCCGACCAGGGAGACUUCGAAACCUACCAGCACAUCCGGGCCGCCGGCAAGGAAGUCUGCCAGCAGCCAAAGGAAAUCGAGUGCCGGGCGGAGGACUUCCCCGACGUUUCCAUCCAACAGGUCGGACAGGUCGUGCAGUGCGACGUCCACUUCGGACUCGUCUGCAGGAACCAGGACCAGAGCGGCAAAUUCAAGAUGUGCCUCAACUACAAGAUCCGCGUCCUCUGCUGCGUCCCCAACGAGAACUGCCCGACCGCCAGCCCCCUGCCCACCACCACCAGCCCCACCACCGUCACCACGCGCAGAACGCCGACCUCCACCACCGUCACCACCGUCACCACCUCCACCUCCACCACCCGGCCCACCACCACGCUGCCCACCUCCUCGGAAACCACCCUCCAAACCUCCACCAGCACCACCAGCCCCACGCCGACAGCUCCCGUCUACUCUCCCAGCGUGAGCUCCACCACCACCCAGUCCACCACCGCCUGUGAGCCCGAAGUCUGCUCCUGGAGCGAGUGGUUCGACGUCGACUUCCCCGCCUCCGGGCCCGACCAGGGAGACUUCGAAACCUACCAGCACAUCCGGGCCGCCGGCAAGGAAGUCUGCCAGCAGCCAAAGGAAAUCGAGUGCCGGGCGGAGGACUUCCCCGACGUUUCCAUCCAACAGGUCGGACAGGUCGUGCAGUGCGACGUCCACUUCGGACUCGUCUGCAGGAACCAGGACCAGAGCGGCAAAUUCAAGAUGUGCCUCAACUACAAGAUCCGCGUCCUCUGCUGCGUCCCCAACGAGAACUGCCCGACCGCCAGCCCCCUGCCCACCACCACCAGCCCCACCACCGUCACCACGCGCAGAACGCCGACCUCCACCACCGUCACCACCGUCACCACCUCCACCUCCACCACCCGGCCCACCACCACGCUGCCCACCUCCUCGGAAACCACCCUCCAAACCUCCACCAGCACCACCAGCCCCACGCCGACAGCUCCCGUCUACUCUCCCAGCGUGAGCUCCACCACCACCCAGUCCACCACCGCCUGUGAGCCCGAAGUCUGCUCCUGGAGCGAGUGGUUCGACGUCGACUUCCCCGCCUCCGGGCCCGACCAGGGAGACUUCGAAACCUACCAGCACAUCCGGGCCGCCGGCAAGGAAGUCUGCCAGCAGCCAAAGGAAAUCGAGUGCCGGGCGGAGGACUUCCCCGACGUUUCCAUCCAACAGGUCGGACAGGUCGUGCAGUGCGACGUCCACUUCGGACUCGUCUGCAGGAACCAGGACCAGAGCGGCAAAUUCAAGAUGUGCCUCAACUACAAGAUCCGCGUCCUCUGCUGCGUCCCCAACGAGAACUGCCCGACCGCCAGCCCCCUGCCCACCACCACCAGCCCCACCACCGUCACCACGCGCAGAACGCCGACCUCCACCACCGUCACCACCGUCACCACCUCCACCUCCACCACCCGGCCCACCACCACGCUGCCCACCUCCUCGGAAACCACCCUCCAAACCUCCACCAGCACCACCAGCCCCACGCCGACAGCUCCCGUCUACUCUCCCAGCGUGAGCUCCACCACCACCCAGUCCACCACCGCCUGUGAGCCCGAAGUCUGCUCCUGGAGCGAGUGGUUCGACGUCGACUUCCCCGCCUCCGGGCCCGACCAGGGAGACUUCGAAACCUACCAGCACAUCCGGGCCGCCGGCAAGGAAGUCUGCCAGCAGCCAAAGGAAAUCGAGUGCCGGGCGGAGGACUUCCCCGACGUUUCCAUCCAACAGGAACCAGGACCAGAGCGGCAAAUUCAAGAUGUGCCUCAACUACAAGAUCCGCGUCCUCUGCUGCGUCCCAACGAGAACUGCCCGACCGCCAGCCCCCUGCCCACCACCACCAGCCCCACCACCGUCACCACGCGCAGAACGCCGACCUCCACCACCGUCACCACCGUCACCACCUCCACCUCCACCACCCGGCCCACCACCACGCUGCCCACCUCCUCGGAAACCACCCUCCAAACCUCCACCAGCACCACCAGCCCCACGCCGACAGCUCCCGUCUACUCUCCCAGCGUGAGCUCCACCACCACCCAGUCCACCACCGCCUGUGAGCCCGAAGUCUGCUCCUGGAGCGAGUGGUUCGACGUCGACUUCCCCGCCUCCGGGCCCGACCAGGGAGACUUCGAAACCUACCAGCACAUCCGGGCCGCCGGCAAGGAAGUCUGCCAGCAGCCAAAGGAAAUCGAGUGCCGGGCGGAGGACUUCCCCGACGUUUCCAUCCAACAGGUCGGACAGGUCGUGCAGUGCGACGUCCACUUCGGACUCGUCUGCAGGAACCAGGACCAGAGCGGCAAAUUCAAGAUGUGCCUCAACUACAAGAUCCGCGUCCUCUGCUGCGUCCCCAACGAGACUGCCCGACCGCCAGCCCCCUGCCCACCACCACCAGCCCCACCACCGUCACCACGCGCAGAACGCCGACCUCCACCACCGUCACCACCGUCACCUCCACCUCCACCACCCGGCCCACCACCACGCUGCCCACCUCCUCGGAAACCACCCUCCAAACCUCCACCAGCACCACCAGCCCCACGCCGACAGCUCCCGUCUACUCUCCCAGCUCUGCUCCUGGAGCGAGUGGUUCGACGUCGACUUCCCGCCUCCGGGCCCGACCAGGGAGACUUCGAAACCUACCAGCACAUCCGGGCCGCCGGCAAGGAAGUCUGCCAGCAGCCAAAGGAAAUCGAGUGCCGGGCGGAGGACUUCCCCGACGUUUCCAUCCAACAGGUCGGACAGGUCGUGCAGUGCGACGUCCACUUCGGACUCGUCUGCAGGAACCAGGACCAGAGCGGCAAAUUCAAGAUGUGCCUCAACUACAAGAUCCGCGUCCUCUGCUGCGUCCCCAACGAGAACUGCCCGACCGCCAGCCCCCUGCCCACCACCACCAGCCCCACCACCGUCACCACGCGCAGAACGCCGACCUCCACCACCGUCACCACCGUCACCACCUCCACCUCCACCACCCGGCCCACCACCACGCUGCCCACCUCCUCGGAAACCACCCUCCAAACCUCCACCAGCACCACCAGCCCCACGCCGACAGCUCCCGUCUACUCUCCCAGCCCCGAAGUCUGCUCCUGGAGCGAGUGGUUCGACGUCGACUUCCCCGCCUCCGGGCCCGACCAGGGAGACUUCGAAACCUACCAGCACAUCCGGGCCGCCGGCAAGGAAGUCUGCCAGCAGCCAAAGGAAAUCGAGUGCCGGGCGGAGGACUUCCCCGACGUUUCCAUCCAACAGGUCGGACAGGUCGUGCAGUGCGACGUCCACUUCGGACUCGUCUGCAGGAACCAGGACCAGAGCGGCAAAUUCAAGAUGUGCCUCAACUACAAGAUCCGCGUCCUCUGCUGCGUCCCCAACGAGAACUGCCCGACCGCCAGCCCCCUGCCCACCACCACCAGCCCCACCACCGUCACCACGCGCAGAACGCCGACCUCCACCACCGUCACCACCGUCACCACCUCCACCUCCACCACCCGGCCCACCACCACGCUGCCCACCUCCUCGGAAACCACCCUCCAAACCUCCACCAGCACCACCAGCCCCACGCCGACAGCUCCCGUCUACUCUCCCAGCGUGAGCUCCACCACCACCCAGUCCACCACCGCCUGUGAGCCCGAAGUCUGCUCCUGGAGCGAGUGGUUCGACGUCGACUUCCCCGCCUCCGGGCCCGACCAGGGAGACUUCGAAACCUACCAGCACAUCCGGGCCGCCGGCAAGGAAGUCUGCCAGCAGCCAAAGGAAAUCGAGUGCCGGGCGGAGGACUUCCCCGACGUUUCCAUCCAACAGGUCGGACAGGUCGUGCAGUGCGACGUCCACUUCGGACUCGUCUGCAGGAACCAGGACCAGAGCGGCAAAUUCAAGAUGUGCCUCAACUACAAGAUCCGCGUCCUCUGCUGCGUCCCCAACGAGAACUGCCCGACCGCCAGCCCCCUGCCCACCACCACCAGCCCCACCACCGUCACCACGCGCAGAACGCCGACCUCCACCACCGUCACCACCGUCACCACCUCCACCUCCACCACCCGGCCCACCACCACGCUGCCCACCUCCUCGGAAACCACCCUCCAAACCUCCACCAGCACCACCAGCCCCACGCCGACAGCUCCCGUCUACUCUCCCAGCGUGAGCUCCACCACCACCCAGUCCACCACCGCCUGUGAGCCCGAAGUCUGCUCCUGGAGCGAGUGGUUCGACGUCGACUUCCCCGCCUCCGGGCCCGACCAGGGAGACUUCGAAACCUACCAGCACAUCCGGGCCGCCGGCAAGGAAGAACCAGGACCAGAGCGGCAAAUUCAAGAUGUGCCUCAACUACAAGAUCCGCGUCCUCUGCUGCGUCCCCAACGAGAACUGCCGACCGCCAGCCCCCUGCCCACCACCACCAGCCCCACCACCGUCACCACGCGCAGAACGCCGACCUCCACCACCGUCACCACCGUCACCACCUCCACCUCCACCACCCGGCCCACCACCACGCUGCCCACCUCCUCGGAAACCACCCUCCAAACCUCCACCAGCACCACCAGCCCCACGCCGACAGCUCCCGUCUACUCUCCCAGCGUGAGCUCCACCACCACCCAGUCCACCACCGCCUGUGAGCCCGAAGUCUGCUCCUGGAGCGAGUGGUUCGACGUCGACUUCCCCGCCUCCGGGCCCGACCAGGGAGACUUCGAAACCUACCAGCACAUCCGGGCCGCCGGCAAGGAAGUCUGCCAGCAGCCAAAGGAAAUCGAGUGCCGGGCGGAGGACUUCCCCGACGUUUCCAUCCAACAGGUCGGACAGGUCGUGCAGUGCGACGUCCACUUCGGACUCGUCUGCAGGAACCAGGACCAGAGCGGCAAAUUCAAGAUGUGCCUCAACUACAAGAUCCGCGUCCUCUGCUGCGUCCCCAACGAGAACUGCCCGACCGCCAGCCCCCUGCCCACCACCACCAGCCCCACCACCGUCACCACGCGCAGAACGCCGACCUCCACCACCGUCACCACCGUCACCACCUCCACCUCCACCACCCGGCCCACCACCACGCUGCCCACCUCCUCGGAAACCACCCUCCAAACCUCCACCAGCACCACCAGCCCCACGCCGACAGCUCCCGUCUACUCUCCCAGCGUGAGCUCCACCACCACCCAGUCCACCACCGCCUGUGAGCCCGAAGUCUGCUCCUGGAGCGAGUGGUUCGACGUCGACUUCCCCGCCUCCGGGCCCGACCAGGGAGACUUCGAAACCUACCAGCACAUCCGGGCCGCCGGCAAGGAAGUCUGCCAGCAGCCAAAGGAAAUCGAGUGCCGGGCGGAGGACUUCCCCGACGUUUCCAUCCAACAGGUCGGACAGGUCGUGCAGUGCGACGUCCACUUCGGACUCGUCUGCAGGAACCAGGACCAGAGCGGCAAAUUCAAGAUGUGCCUCAACUACAAGAUCCGCGUCCUCUGCUGCCCCCACCACCGUCACCACGCGCAGAACGCCGACCUCCACCACCGUCACCACCGUCACCACCUCCACCUCCACCACCGGCCCACCACCACGCUGCCCACCUCCUCGGAAACCACCCUCCAAACCUCCACCAGCACCACCAGCCCCACGCCGACAGCUCCCGUCUACUCUCCCAGCGUGAGCUCCACCACCACCCAGUCCACCACCGCCUGUGAGCCCGAAGUCUGCUCCUGGAGCGAGUGGUUCGACGUCGACUUCCCCGCCUCCGGGCCCGACCAGGGAGACUUCGAAACCUACCAGCACAUCCGGGCCGCCGGCAAGGAAGUCUGCCAGCAGCCAAAGGAAAUCGAGUGCCGGGCGGAGGACUUCCCCGACGUUUCCAUCCAACAGGAACCAGGACCAGAGCGGCAAAUUCAAGAUGUGCCUCAACUACAAGAUCCGCGUCCUCUGCUGCGUCCCCAACGAGAACUGCCCGACCGCCAGCCCCCUGCCCACCACCACCACCCCACCACCGUCACCACGCGCAGAACGCCGACCUCCACCACCGUCACCACCGUCACCACCUCCACCUCCACCACCCGGCCCACCACCACGCUGCCCACCUCCUCGGAAACCACCCUCCAAACCUCCACCAGCACCACCAGCCCCACGCCGACAGCUCCCGUCUACUCUCCCAGCGUGAGCUCCACCACCACCCAGUCCACCACCGCCUGUGAGCCCGAAGUCUGCUCCUGGAGCGAGUGGUUCGACGUCGACUUCCCCGCCUCCGGGCCCGACCAGGGAGACUUCGAAACCUACCAGCACAUCCGGGCCGCCGGCAAGGAAGUCUGCCAGCAGCCAAAGGAAAUCGAGUGCCGGGCGGAGGACUUCCCCGACGUUUCCAUCCAACAGGUCGGACAGGUCGUGCAGUGCGACGUCCACUUCGGACUCGUCUGCAGGAACCAGGACCAGAGCGGCAAAUUCAAGAUGUGCCUCAACUACAAGAUCCGCGUCCUCUGCUGCGUCCCCAACGAGAACUGCCCGACCGCCGCCCCCUGCCCACCACACAGCCCCACCACCGUCACCACGCGCAGAACGCCGACCUCCACCACCGUCACCACCGUCACCACCUCCACCUCCACCACCCGGCCCACCACCACGCUGCCCACCUCCUCGGAAACCACCCUCCAAACCUCCACCAGCACCACCAGCCCCACGCCGACAGCUCCCGUCUACUCUCCCAGCGUGAGCUCCACCACCACCCAGUCCACCACCGCCUGUGAGCCCGAAGUCUGCUCCUGGAGCGAGUGGUUCGACGUCGACUUCCCCGCCUCCGGGCCCGACCAGGGAGACUUCGAAACCUACCAGCACAUCCGGGCCGCCGGCAAGGAAGUCUGCCAGCAGCCAAAGGAAAUCGAGUGCCGGGCGGAGGACUUCCCCGACGUUUCCAUCCAACAGGUCGGACAGGUCGUGCAGUGCGACGUCCACUUCGGACUCGUCUGCAGGAACCAGGACCAGAGCGGCAAAUUCAAGAUGUGCCUCAACUACAAGAUCCGCGUCCUCUGCUGCGUCCCCAACGAGAACUGCCCGACCGCCAGCCCCCUGCCCACCACCACCAGCCCCACCACCGUCACCACGCGCAGAACGCCGACCUCCACCACCGUCACCACCGUCACCACCUCCACCUCCACCACCCGGCCCACCACCACGCUGCCCACCUCCUCGGAAACCACCCUCCAAACCUCCACCAGCACCACCAGCCCCACGCCGACAGCUCCCGUCUACUCUCCCAGCGUGAGCUCCACCACCACCCAGUCCACCACCGCCUGUGAGCCCGAAGUCUGCUCCUGGAGCGAGUGGUUCGACGUCGACUUCCCCGCCUCCGGGCCCGACCAGGGAGACUUCGAAACCUACCAGCACAUCCGGGCCGCCGGCAAGGAAGUCUGCCAGCAGCCAAAGGAAAUCGAGUGCCGGGCGGAGGACUUCCCCGACGUUUCCAUCCAACAGGUCGGACAGGUCGUGCAGUGCGACGUCCACUUCGGACUCGUCUGCAGGAACCAGGACCAGAGCGGCAAAUUCAAGAUGUGCCUCAACUACAAGAUCCGCGUCCUCUGCUGCGUCCCCAACGAGAACUGCCCGACCGCCAGCCCCCUGCCCACCACCACCAGCCCCACCACCGUCACCACGCGCAGAACGCCGACCUCCACCACCGUCACCACCGUCACCACCUCCACCUCCACCACCCGGCCCACCACCACGCUGCCCACCUCCUCGGAAACCACCCUCCAAACCUCCACCAGCACCACCAGCCCCACGCCGACAGCUCCCGUCUACUCUCCCAGCGUGAGCUCCACCACCACCCAGUCCACCACCGCCUGUGAGCCCGAAGUCUGCUCCUGGAGCGAGUGGUUCGACGUCGACUUCCCCGCCUCCGGGCCCGACCAGGGAGACUUCGAAACCUACCAGCACAUCCGGGCCGCCGGCAAGGAAGUCUGCCAGCAGCCAAAGGAAAUCGAGUGCCGGGCGGAGGACUUCCCCGACGUUUCCAUCCAACAGGUCGGACAGGUCGUGCAGUGCGACGUCCACUUCGGACUCGUCUGCAGGAACCAGGACCAGAGCGGCAAAUUCAAGAUGUGCCUCAACUACAAGAUCCGCGUCCUCUGCUGCGUCCCCAACGAGAACUGCCCGACCGCCAGCCCCCUGCCCACCACCACCAGCCCCACCACCGUCACCACGCGCAGAACGCCGACCUCCACCACCGUCACCACCGUCACCACCUCCACCUCCACCACCCGGCCCACCACCACGCUGCCCACCUCCUCGGAAACCACCCUCCAAACCUCCACCAGCACCACCAGCCCCACGCCGACAGCUCCCGUCUACUCUCCCAGCGUGAGCUCCACCACCACCCAGUCCACCACCGCCUGUGAGCCCGAAGUCUGCUCCUGGAGCGAGUGGUUCGACGUCGACUUCCCCGCCUCCGGGCCCGACCAGGGAGACUUCGAAACCUACCAGCACAUCCGGGCCGCCGGCAAGGAAGUCUGCCAGCAGCCAAAGGAAAUCGAGUGCCGGGCGGAGGACUUCCCCGACGUUUCCAUCCAACAGGUCGGACAGGUCGUGCAGUGCGACGUCCACUUCGGACUCGUCUGCAGGAACCAGGACCAGAGCGGCAAAUUCAAGAUGUGCCUCAACUACAAGAUCCGCGUCCUCUGCUGCGUCCCAACGAGAACUGCCCGACCGCCAGCCCCCUGCCCACCACCACCAGCCCCACCACCGUCACCACGCGCAGAACGCCGACCUCCACCACCGUCACCACCGUCACCACCUCCACCUCCACCACCCGGCCCACCACCACGCUGCCCACCUCCUCGGAAACCACCCUCCAAACCUCCACCAGCACCACCAGCCCCACGCCGACAGCUCCCGUACUCUCCCAGCGUGAGCUCCACCACCACCCAGUCCACCACCGCCUGUGAGCCCGAAGUCUGCUCCUGGAGCGAGUGGUUCGACGUCGACUUCCCCGCCUCCGGGCCCGACCAGGGAGACUUCGAAACCUACCAGCACAUCCGGGCCGCCGGCAAGGAAGUCUGCCAGCAGCCAAAGGAAAUCGAGUGCCGGGCGGAGGACUUCCCCGACGUUUCCAUCCAACAGGUCGGACAGGUCGUGCAGUGCGACGUCCACUUCGGACUCGUCUGCAGGAACCAGGACCAGAGCGGCAAAUUCAAGAUGUGCCUCAACUACAAGAUCCGCGUCCUCUGCUGCGUCCCCAACGAGAACUGCCCGACCGCCAGCCCCCUGCCCACCACCACCAGCCCCACCACCGUCACCACGCGCAGAACGCCGACCUCCACCACCGUCACCACCGUCACCACUCCACCUCCACCACCCGGCCCACCACCACGCUGCCCACCUCCUCGGAAACCACCCUCCAAACCUCCACCAGCACCACCAGCCCCACGCCGACAGCUCCCGUCUACUCUCCCAGCUCUGCUCCUGGAGCGAGUGGUUCGACGUCGACUUCCCCGCCUCCGGGCCGACCAGGGAGACUUCGAAACCUACCAGCACAUCCGGGCCGCCGGCAAGGAAGUCUGCCAGCAGCCAAAGGAAAUCGAGUGCCGGGCGGAGGACUUCCCCGACGUUUCCAUCCAACAGGUCGGACAGGUCGUGCAGUGCGACGUCCACUUCGGACUCGUCUGCAGGAACCAGGACCAGAGCGGCAAAUUCAAGAUGUGCCUCAACUACAAGAUCCGCGUCCUCUGCUGCGUCCCCAACGAGGAACUGCCCGACCGCCAGCCCCUGCCCACCACCACCAGCCCCACCACCGUCACCACGCGCAGAACGCCGACCUCCACCACCGUCACCACCGUCACCACCUCCACCUCCACCACCCGGCCCACCACCACGCUGCCCACCUCCUCGGAAACCACCCUCCAAACCUCCACCAGCACCACCAGCCCCACGCCGACAGCUCCCGUCUACUCUCCCAGCGUGAGCUCCACCACCACCCAGUCCACCACCGCCUGUGAGCCCGAAGUCUGCUCCUGGAGCGAGUGGUUCGACGUCGACUUCCCCGCCUCCGGGCCCGACCAGGGAGACUUCGAAACCUACCAGCACAUCCGGGCCGCCGGCAAGGAAGUCUGCCAGCAGCCAAAGGAAAUCGAGUGCCGGGCGGAGGACUUCCCCGACGUUUCCAUCCAACAGGAACCAGGACCAGAGCGGCAAAUUCAAGAUGUGCCUCAACUACAAGAUCCGCGUCCUCUGCUGCGUCCCCAACGAGACUGCCCGACCGCCAGCCCCCUGCCCACCACCACCAGCCCCACCACCGUCACCACGCGCAGAACGCCGACCUCCACCACCGUCACCACCGUCACCACCUCCACCUCCACCACCCGGCCCACCACCACGCUGCCCACCUCCUCGGAAACCACCCUCCAAACCUCCACCAGCACCACCAGCCCCACGCCGACAGCUCCCGUCUACUCUCCCAGCGUGAGCUCCACCACCACCCAGUCCACCACCGCCUGUGAGCCCGAAGUCUGCUCCUGGAGCGAGUGGUUCGACGUCGACUUCCCCGCCUCCGGGCCCGACCAGGGAGACUUCGAAACCUACCAGCACAUCCGGGCCGCCGGCAAGGAAGUCUGCCAGCAGCAGCCAAAGGAAAUCGAGUGCCGGCGGAGGACUUCCCCGACGUUUCCAUCCAACAGGAACCAGGACCAGAGCGGCAAAUUCAAGAUGUGCCUCAACUACAAGAUCCGCGUCCUCUGCUGCGUCCCCAACGAGAACUGCCCGACCGCCAGCCCCCUGCCCACCACCACCAGCCCCACCACCGUCACCACGCGCAGAACGCCGACCUCCACCACCGUCACCACCGUCACCACCUCCACCUCCACCACCCGGCCCACCACCACGCUGCCCACCUCCUCGGAAACCACCCUCCAAACCUCCACCAGCACCACCAGCCCCACGCCGACAGCUCCCGUCUACUCUCCCAGCGUGAGCUCCACCACCACCCAGUCCACCACCGCCUGUGAGCCCGAAGUCUGCUCCUGGAGCGAGUGGUUCGACGUCGACUUCCCCGCCUCCGGGCCCGACCAGGGAGACUUCGAAACCUACCAGCACAUCCGGGCCGCCGGCAAGGAAGUCUGCCAGCAGCCAAAGGAAAUCGAGUGCCGGGCGGAGGACUUCCCCGACGUUUCCAUCCAACAGGUCGGACAGGUCGUGCAGUGCGACGUCCACUUCGGACUCGUCUGCAGGAACCAGGACCAGAGCGGCAAAUUCAAGAUGUGCCUCAACUACAAGAUCCGCGUCCUCUGCUGCGUCCCCAACGAGAACUGCCCGACCGCCAGCCCCCUGCCCACCACCACCAGCCCCACCACCGUCACCACGCGCAGAACGCCGACCUCCACCACCGUCACCACCGUCACCACCUCCACCUCCACCACCCGGCCCACCACCACGCUGCCCACCUCCUCGGAAACCACCCUCCAAACCUCCACCAGCACCACCAGCCCCACGCCGACAGCUCCCGUCUACUCUCCCAGCGUGAGCUCCACCACCACCCAGUCCACCACCGCCUGUGAGCCCGAAGUCUGCUCCUGGAGCGAGUGGUUCGACGUCGACUUCCCCGCCUCCGGGCCCGACCAGGGAGACUUCGAAACCUACCAGCACAUCCGGGCCGCCGGCAAGGAAGUCUGCCAGCAGCCAAAGGAAAUCGAGUGCCGGGCGGAGGACUUCCCCGACGUUUCCAUCCAACAGGAACCAGGACCAGAGCGGCAAAUUCAAGAUGUGCCUCAACUACAAGAUCCGCGUCCUCUGCUGCGUCCCCAACGAGAACUGCCCGACCGCCAGCCCCCUGCCCACCACCACCAGCCCACCACCGUCACCACGCGCAGAACGCCGACCUCCACCACCGUCACCACCGUCACCACCUCCACCUCCACCACCCGGCCCACCACCACGCUGCCCACCUCCUCGGAAACCACCCUCCAAACCUCCACCAGCACCACCAGCCCCACGCCGACAGCUCCCGUCUACUCUCCCAGCGUGAGCUCCACCACCACCCAGUCCACCACCGCCUGUGAGCCCGAAGUCUGCUCCUGGAGCGAGUGGUUCGACGUCGACUUCCCCGCCUCCGGGCCCGACCAGGGAGACUUCGAAACCUACCAGCACAUCCGGGCCGCCGGCAAGGAAGUCUGCCAGCAGCCAAAGGAAAUCGAGUGCCGGGCGGAGGACUUCCCCGACGUUUCCAUCCAACAGGUCGGACAGGUCGUGCAGUGCGACGUCCACUUCGGACUCGUCUGCAGGAACCAGGACCAGAGCGGCAAAUUCAAGAUGUGCCUCAACUACAAGAUCCGCGUCCUCUGCUGCGUCCCCAACGAGAACUGCCCGACCGCCAGCCCCCUGCCCACCACCACCAGCCCCACCACCGUCACCACGCGCAGAACGCCGACCUCCACCACCGUCACCACCGUCACCACCUCCACCUCCACCACCCGGCCCACCACCACGCUGCCCACCUCCUCGGAAACCACCCUCCAAACCUCCACCAGCACCACCAGCCCCACGCCGACAGCUCCCGUCUACUCUCCCAGCGUGAGCUCCACCACCACCCAGUCCACCACCGCCUGUGAGCCCGAAGUCUGCUCCUGGAGCGAGUGGUUCGACGUCGACUUCCCCGCCUCCGGGCCCGACCAGGGAGACUUCGAAACCUACCAGCACAUCCGGGCCGCCGGCAAGGAAGUCUGCCAGCAGCCAAAGGAAAUCGAGUGCCGGGCGGAGGACUUCCCCGACGUUUCCAUCCAACAGGUCGGACAGGUCGUGCAGUGCGACGUCCACUUCGGACUCGUCUGCAGGAACCAGGACCAGAGCGGCAAAUUCAAGAUGUGCCUCAACUACAAGAUCCGCGUCCUCUGCUGCGUCCCCAACGAGAACUGCCCGACCGCCAGCCCCCUGCCCACCACCACCAGCCCCACCACCGUCACCACGCGCAGAACGCCGACCUCCACCACCGUCACCACCGUCACCACCUCCACCUCCACCACCCGGCCCACCACCACGCUGCCCACCUCCUCGGAAACCACCCUCCAAACCUCCACCAGCACCACCAGCCCCACGCCGACAGCUCCCGUCUACUCUCCCAGCGUGAGCUCCACCACCACCCAGUCCACCACCGCCUGUGAGCCCGAAGUCUGCUCCUGGAGCGAGUGGUUCGACGUCGACUUCCCCGCCUCCGGGCCCGACCAGGGAGACUUCGAAACCUACCAGCACAUCCGGGCCGCCGGCAAGGAAGUCUGCCAGCAGCCAAAGGAAAUCGAGUGCCGGGCGGAGGACUUCCCCGACGUUUCCAUCCAACAGGUCGGACAGGUCGUGCAGUGCGACGUCCACUUCGGACUCGUCUGCAGGAACCAGGACCAGAGCGGCAAAUUCAAGAUGUGCCUCAACUACAAGAUCCGCGUCCUCUGCUGCGUCCCCAACGAGAACUGCCCGACCGCCAGCCCCCUGCCCACCACCACCAGCCCCACCACCGUCACCACGCGCAGAACGCCGACCUCCACCACCGUCACCACCGUCACCACCUCCACCUCCACCACCCGGCCCACCACCACGCUGCCCACCUCCUCGGAAACCACCCUCCAAACCUCCACCAGCACCACCAGCCCCACGCCGACAGCUCCCGUCUACUCUCCCAGCGUGAGCUCCACCACCACCCAGUCCACCACCGCCUGUGAGCCCGAAGUCUGCUCCUGGAGCGAGUGGUUCGACGUCGACUUCCCCGCCUCCGGGCCCGACCAGGGAGACUUCGAAACCUACCAGCACAUCCGGGCCGCCGGCAAGGAAGUCUGCCAGCAGCCAAAGGAAAUCGAGUGCCGGGCGGAGGACUUCCCCGACGUUUCCAUCCAACAGGUCGGACAGGUCGUGCAGUGCGACGUCCACUUCGGACUCGUCUGCAGGAACCAGGACCAGAGCGGCAAAUUCAAGAUGUGCCUCAACUACAAGAUCCGCGUCCUCUGCUGCGUCCCCAACGAGAACUGCCCGACCGCCAGCCCCCUGCCCACCACCACCAGCCCCACCACCGUCACCACGCGCAGAACGCCGACCUCCACCACCGUCACCACCGUCACCACCUCCACCUCCACCACCCGGCCCACCACCACGCUGCCCACCUCCUCGGAAACCACCCUCCAAACCUCCACCAGCACCACCAGCCCCACGCCGACAGCUCCCGUCUACUCUCCCAGCGUGAGCUCCACCACCACCCAGUCCACCACCGCCUGUGAGCCCGAAGUCUGCUCCUGGAGCGAGUGGUUCGACGUCGACUUCCCCGCCUCCGGGCCCGACCAGGGAGACUUCGAAACCUACCAGCACAUCCGGGCCGCCGGCAAGGAAGUCUGCCAGCAGCCAAAGGAAAUCGAGUGCCGGGCGGAGGACUUCCCCGACGUUUCCAUCCAACAGGUCGGACAGGUCGUGCAGUGCGACGUCCACUUCGGACUCGUCUGCAGGAACCAGGACCAGAGCGGCAAAUUCAAGAUGUGCCUCAACUACAAGAUCCGCGUCCUCUGCUGCGUCCCCAACGAGAACUGCCCGACCGCCAGCCCCCUGCCCACCACCACCAGCCCCACCACCGUCACCACGCGCAGAACGCCGACCUCCACCACCGUCACCACCGUCACCACCUCCACCUCCACCACCCGGCCCACCACCACGCUGCCCACCUCCUCGGAAACCACCCUCCAAACCUCCACCAGCACCACCAGCCCCACGCCGACAGCUCCCGUCUACUCUCCCAGCGUGAGCUCCACCACCACCCAGUCCACCACCGCCUGUGAGCCCGAAGUCUGCUCCUGGAGCGAGUGGUUCGACGUCGACUUCCCCGCCUCCGGGCCCGACCAGGGAGACUUCGAAACCUACCAGCACAUCCGGGCCGCCGGCAAGGAAGUCUGCCAGCAGCCAAAGGAAAUCGAGUGCCGGGCGGAGGACUUCCCCGACGUUUCCAUCCAACAGGUCGGACAGGUCGUGCAGUGCGACGUCCACUUCGGACUCGUCUGCAGGAACCAGGACCAGAGCGGCAAAUUCAAGAUGUGCCUCAACUACAAGAUCCGCGUCCUCUGCUGCGUCCCCAACGAGAACUGCCCGACCGCCAGCCCCCUGCCCACCACCACCAGCCCCACCACCGUCACCACGCGCAGAACGCCGACCUCCACCACCGUCACCACCGUCACCACCUCCACCUCCACCACCCGGCCCACCACCACGCUGCCCACCUCCUCGGAAACCACCCUCCAAACCUCCACCAGCACCACCAGCCCCACGCCGACAGCUCCCGUCUACUCUCCCAGCGUGAGCUCCACCACCACCCAGUCCACCACCGCCUGUGAGCCCGAAGUCUGCUCCUGGAGCGAGUGGUUCGACGUCGACUUCCCCGCCUCCGGGCCCGACCAGGGAGACUUCGAAACCUACCAGCACAUCCGGGCCGCCGGCAAGGAAGUCUGCCAGCAGCCAAAGGAAAUCGAGUGCCGGGCGGAGGACUUCCCCGACGUUUCCAUCCAACAGGUCGGACAGGUCGUGCAGUGCGACGUCCACUUCGGACUCGUCUGCAGGAACCAGGACCAGAGCGGCAAAUUCAAGAUGUGCCUCAACUACAAGAUCCGCGUCCUCUGCUGCGUCCCCAACGAGAACUGCCCGACCGCCAGCCCCCUGCCCACCACCACCAGCCCCACCACCGUCACCACGCGCAGAACGCCGACCUCCACCACCGUCACCACCGUCACCACCUCCACCUCCACCACCCGGCCCACCACCACGCUGCCCACCUCCUCGGAAACCACCCUCCAAACCUCCACCAGCACCACCAGCCCCACGCCGACAGCUCCCGUCUACUCUCCCAGCGUGAGCUCCACCACCACCCAGUCCACCACCGCCUGUGAGCCCGAAGUCUGCUCCUGGAGCGAGUGGUUCGACGUCGACUUCCCCGCCUCCGGGCCCGACCAGGGAGACUUCGAAACCUACCAGCACAUCCGGGCCGCCGGCAAGGAAGUCUGCCAGCAGCCAAAGGAAAUCGAGUGCCGGGCGGAGGACUUCCCCGACGUUUCCAUCCAACAGGUCGGACAGGUCGUGCAGUGCGACGUCCACUUCGGACUCGUCUGCAGGAACCAGGACCAGAGCGGCAAAUUCAAGAUGUGCCUCAACUACAAGAUCCGCGUCCUCUGCUGCGUCCCCAACGAGAACUGCCCGACCGCCAGCCCCCUGCCCACCACCACCAGCUUUACCACCGUUACUACUACAUCGGAACCUUGUUGCACCAGCACUUCCUCUACCCCUCCUGGACAAAGUCACAAAUUAUCCAACUGUACCGAAGUCAUCUGUAAGGGAGACAACAAGGUAGAUGUAGUUCCAACACGCUGCCCACCUGUAAAGGAAAUUACCUGUGCAAAUAAAUAUCCAGCAAUUCUGGUACCUGAUGAAGAUGGCUGCUGUUACCACUAUGAAUGUCAAUGUGUGUGCAGUGGAUGGGGUGAUCCUCAUUAUAUUACUUUUGAUGGAAUCUACUAUACUUUCCUUGAAAACUGCACUUACGUCUUGGUGAAACAGAUUGUGCCUAAAUAUGACAACUUCCGUGUUUAUAUAGACAAUUAUUACUGUGAUGCAAGAGAUGGACUUUCCUGCCCUAAAUCCAUUAUUAUUUUCUACAAAUCUGCAGAAGUGGUGUUGACCCGUAAACUCCUGAAUGGUGUGAUGACCAAUGUGAUGUACUUCAAUCAAAAGAUUGUCAAACCAGGCUUCAAAAAAGAUGGCAUCUCUUUCUCCACACUUGGCAUCAACAUGAUUGUUGAAAUACCAGAGAUUGGUGCAACCAUCACCUUUAGUGGGUUGAUUUUCUCUGUGAAACUCCCAUACAGCAAAUUUGGCAACAACACCGAAGGACAGUGUGGAACAUGUACAAAUAAUGAAUUAGAUGAAUGCCGCUUACCGAGUGGUAAGAUCAUUUCUUCCUGUCCCGAAAUGGCUCAUCACUGGAUCGUUGGCAAUGACACAUCAUGCCAUGGAGUACCAAUACCACCAGCUGUAACCACACCUUCACCAAAGCCUCAGUGUGAAAUACCUCCACUCUGCAAGCUAAUCUGGAGCAAGAUUUUUGCAGAAUGCCAUGCUGUGAUACCACCAGAACCAUUUUUCAAAGGCUGUGUUUUCGAUGGAUGUCGCAUAGAUGAUGUAUCUGUGCAGUGCUCCAGUUUGGAGAUAUAUGCUACAGAGUGUGCUGCUAGAGGUGUCUGCAUUGACUGGAGAGGAAAGACCAACAAUACAUGCCGGCAUGGCUGUGUAGUCAAUGAAACCUACUAUGCACCUGGAGCUGCUGUUCCAUCAGGCCCCUGUGAAGAAUGCACCUGCUCUGAAUCCUCUUACUCAAACCCUCACCAUGCUACUGUCAAGUGCGAGCCUGUUAUCUGUGACACACACUGCCCGGCGGUUGGAGAAUUCUGGAACGUACCUGGUGAUAACUGUACAACUUACACAUGUGAAAAAUAUGAUGACCAGUUCAUUCCAGUCAUCUUACAGAAAAGCUGUCCUGACUUUAACCCUGAUGACUGUCAUCCAGAUGACAUCAAGCUUUCUGACGAUGGCUGCUGUAAAGAGUGCCAAACAAAUCUGAAGAGUUGUAUGAAGCACAGUACUGCUACUGUCAUCAAAUACAAUGGAUGUGUAUCUCCUGCACCUGUUGAGAUGACAUACUGUGAAGGCAGCUGUGAUGCUUACGCACGAUAUUCUCCAGAGGCGAACAUGAUGGAACACAAAUGCUCAUGUUGUCAGGAAAUCAAGACCAGCCAAAGAAAGGUGACUCUGACAUGCAGUGAUGGAACCCACCUUGACCACACAUACACCUAUGUGGAGAAAUGCAGCUGUGUGAGUGCUGAUUGCAUUCCCCAAGACAUCAUGCAACAGACAGUAAAAGGGAUAAAGACCUCUCAGGAACAAGUGAACAUCAAAAAUUAG